UGUACACAGGACACAAGAGAGAGCGAGCGCUUAUUAUUUAUCCAGGAGCUGCACAGACAUACACACGUACACACGCGCUGCAGUGAACUCUGUGUGCCUCAAGUUUAUUCCCUUGAGCUCUACCCGAGUACUUACACGUGUGUACCCAGACAAAGGGAGCUGAUGUGCGUUUUUUGUCCAUAAGGAAAAUGUGGAUGAGGUCAGAGCGAUCUGGGAAGUGAAGAGGCUUGUGUUUGGAGAGAGAUGUACCCGCCGCGCUCGCAUAUAUCGCACACUUGAUCUGACCUCACAAAAGAAGUAGUGCUCGGGACCUGCUUACCUGUGUGAACACACCGUGGACAUACACACACCGACACACGGGGGCAUGUACUGAGUUACCGUAGCCGCAUGGGGUUUAUGAAGAAAUAACGGCUUCACGGACAGCUGCUGUAGGCCUCUCCGCUAAACUCACCCUCACCGGACACGUACUCUCGCCCACCAGGAGAAAUGGGUCUAAUUUUUGCCAAACUAUGGAGUUUCUUUUGUAAUCAAGAACACAAGGUGAUUAUUGUGGGGCUGGACAAUGCUGGGAAAACCACUAUACUUUAUCAAUUUUUAAUGAAUGAGGUGGUACACACGUCUCCUACAAUUGGCAGCAAUGUGGAGGAAAUAGUGGUGAAGAAAACCCACUUUCUGAUGUGGGAUAUUGGUGGUCAGGAGAGUCUCCGCUCCUCUUGGAACACAUACUACUCCAACACUGAGUUCAUCAUACUGGUAGUGGAUAGUACUGACAGAGAAAGACUAGCCAUUUCUAAAGAAGAGCUCUACAGGAUGCUAGCGCAUGAGGAUCUACGCAAAGCUGCGGUGUUGAUCUUUGCUAAUAAGCAGGACAUGAAGGGUUGUAUGUCUGCAGCAGAGAUUUCCAAAUACCUAACCCUCAGCUCCAUCAAGGAUCAUCCCUGGCACAUCCAGUCUUGCUGUGCGCUCACCGGAGAAGGGCUGUGUCAAGGUUUAGAGUGGAUGACCUCAAGAGCUGGGCUCAGAUAGCCUCUGAUUCUACCUGUUGGACUGAUUGACAGCGAUUCCCACCGGUGGCAUCGCAGACUCAUCACAUUGGCUGCUUAUGUUUUAUUUUUAAUCUCUUAAUCAGAAUUGCCACUCUGCAGCUGAACUCUCCGGACACCUACCUCAGCUCGGAUUUAUCAGUUACGUGAAUCUGGUUUGACGGUCUUGCCGAUCAAUACUAUAUCAGGCGCGAUUGGAUUUUUAUACUGGGUGUAUAGUAUUUGAACUUAAAGAGAGGCACUACAGUGCUGGUAUGUGUUUGUGAGGAGGGACUGUGUUUUUAACACUCUGGCAGUGGAACAGAAGUUCUCCAAAUAAGUAUAUUAAGCUAAUCAUGUAUGUUGUUCUUUACAUCUACUGGGAAGAAAUGAUUUGAAUGGUUGAAAUGUUAGUUUUUCACUUUGGGAAUCUUUGGGUCAAUUAUUGUUUUUGUUUUUGGUUAGGCUUUUUGGGUAUCAGGUGUUUAAAGUGCCAUUGGUACCCAGCAACACCACUACAUAUCAUGAAUACACCUGAGCAUAUCACUUAGUACACAUUACCUCAAUCAUUAGUUACAGUUAGAGGGUGCUGUUACCAUUUCAGAUGUGGCCAUUACAGCUUGAAACAUUUAUGUGACAUGCAAUUUGAACACCAGGUAUGAUCAUCGCUGUAACAUACAGCAGAGUGGCUUUUUUAUUUCUGUUUGAAAUGGCACAUGUUAGAAAGCAGCAGUUGGCUGGACUUGUUGAAAUGUCUGUUACAGAUGUGUGUGAGAGAGAGUGUGUGUGUGUGUGUGUGUGUGUGUAUGUGAAAAUUUCCAACCAACCUCACUGCAGGGGAACCAGCAUGUUUUUAAUAACCAUUUUCUAUGCUGGAGUGUGCUUUUAGCAUAAAGGUCCUUCAGUUAUUAUGAGGAAAUAAUGUUCAAAAGUAACUCGGUAUUAUGAUUUUUAUUCACUGCUGUUGCUAUAUAAGUAAUUGCAGUUUUAUUCAGAUUUGUUCUGCUCCAGACUUUUUUUUUUUGUCAUCCUCCUUUUUUUUUUCAGGUCCGGUAUGAGCGCAUGAGCACUAGUUCUCAUUCGUUUGCAUGGUGAUUUUGUCAAUAUGCUUCAUUGGUUCUAGAUUAAAACUCCUGUGUUUUCACUGCUUUCUCCAUCUUCUCCAAGCCCUGUGCUCAGUUAAAGGAAACUUAAGAGUUGGAUGCAGCGUCUACAAAUUGGUGCUUUCACUGACAUUUUUCCUUCCUACAUUGAAAUCUAUUUGCAUAAUUGUUAUUGGAUGCUGAUCUAGGCAAAUCAAUCCCAUGGAUGCGUCUUUCUGUUUGCAAGGGUUUUAUGUGGUGACUCUUUGAGGUCAUUACCUGACUAUUGUGGAUGUGCUGUUUAACAUUCAGUAACAUUUCACAUGCAGACUUCUCUGAAUUUGGCUGCCAUGUCCAUUAACAUAAAUGGUGUCAUUGGUCAGAUUUAUAUAAAAUCUCUGUCUGAAACAGUUUGUAUCAGUGUGUGUGUGUUAAUAUGCAUUAUUACAAAACUGGUAUGAGUUUUUAUUGUACCAUGUUGAAUGGAGGUCCUUAGGACAAAAACUAUUUAAAAGCAGAAAUGUGGCUUACCGUCAGAGUGGGAAUGACGUGUUUCUGCCAGCGUUUCAGAGGAGUGUAAUAGUCUGUUUCAUUGCUGAAGCUCAUGGUCAAACCAUUUGGUUCUCAGAUGUGCCAUUACCAAAUGAGCAGGUGAAAUCUGUAGCAACUUUCCUAAUUCUUAUAGUUUUAUAAUAAAAGCUUUUAUUUUGAAAUCUGAA